AUCGGAUUCCAAUUUUUUGUUUCUUGUUUUUUUCUGAUUUCUUGAAACUCUCACACACACUCACUAUAGAAAAAAAGCACACAUUGUUCUUGCAAGACACGAUUUUUAUUUCUCAGUGUUAGAAAAAAAUACACGUCAUCAUAGUUUUUUUCUAAAAAAAAGGGGUGCUGGGGUGUAGUGUAGUGUAGAAUUGGAGUUUUAAUUUACAGAAAAAAAAAAAAGAAAGAAAAAAAAAAAAAGGAAAUUGGUAAAGGAGAAGUGAAGAAUGUUGGCUGGUUGUCCUUCUACAUUGCUGUCACCGAGACAUAGAUUAAGGAGUGAAGCUUGCCAUCACAGUAUUCCCACAAUGAGCACUCAGAGAUUGGAUUUACCUUGUACUACUUUCCCUCGUAAAGAUUCUUCGCGGGCCCCACCCGUUCGGCCCGUCGGCCUUUCCGUCGAGAAGCCCGUCGAAGCGAAGACUGUUGUCACCGGUUGUUCCAUUAAGCUUCGAGACAACAGAGACGAUUUCUGGGAGAAGAACAAGAAUCAGAACAAGAAGAAGAAGAGGUUUGCCGCGGAAGUGUCGUACGAAGACGACGACGAUUUGGACAAGAACUACAUGGACAGAGUGAAGAGGAAGAGAUGUAAUAACAAUAAUGCAGGAGAAGAAGAGCAGCAUCAGCAGCAGCAGCAUUUGAGUUUAGGUAGCGAGAGCUUUUGGUUCCAUCCCGGUUUUAUUAGUACGCCUCAAUUGCCGUUCUCUAUUUCGUGUUCGGCGGCGCAAGAAGACGAAGACGAGAAUCGAGUGUGUUUUGUGCCGAGCGAUGUCAUACUAGCACCGCCCCCUUUGCCCCCGUUGUCGAACAUUCCGUGGUUCCAAUGCAAGAAGAAUUUCGAGGGAGGCCCGACGUACAAGAAGGAAGCUUCCGGAUCAUCGUCGUCGACGAGUCUUUCAUCCGAGAGCGAUCGUGGUUUGGUUCUUAGCAAUCCAGUGGGGCGCGUUAUCGGCAAUGGAUCGUCUCCUUCGGGCCCGAGUGGGGCCCGCUCUCAACAAGUUUUGGCUGCUAAUCAAGAAAACAGCAACACGGAGGAAAACGAGUGUGUCGAGCUAAUCGACUUGCUCGUGACUUGCACCGAGCAAAUGGGGUCAAAGAACAUCGCCUCGGUCAACCAUUGCCUCGCUCGACUAGGUGCAAUCGCCUCCCCGCGUGGGCCCACGCCUACUCACCGUCUAGUCGCCUACUUCACCGAGGCCUUAUCCUUAAGAGCUGCCAGACUGUGGCCCCACAUCUUCCACGUCACUGCUCCCCGGGAGGAAGAAGAUGGCGGCACCACCGCGUUGAGGGCGUUGAACCAAGUCAGCCCGAUUCCGAAAUUCGUCCACUUCACAUCGAAUGAGAUUCUGUUGAGGGCGUUCGAGGGAAAAGACAGAGUCCACAUCAUCGAUUUCGACGUAAAGCAAGGGUUACAAUGGCCUAGCUUAUUCCAAAGCCUAGCUUCUAGAAGAAAUCCACCUAGCCAUGUAAGAAUCACGGGAGUUGGAGAAUCGAAGCAAGAGCUUAUCGAAACGGGAGAUAGGCUAUCGGGAUUUGCAGAUGCUUUGAAUAUUCCGUUCGAGUUCCAUCCGGUCGUUGAUCGAUUGGAAGAUGUACGGCUGUGGAUGCUCCACGUAAAAGAGAAGAAAGAAACCGUCGCCGUAAACUGCCUAUUUCAGCUCCACAAGAUGCUAUACGACACCACCACCACCGCCGCAGGAGGCGGUGGUGGUGCCGCCUUGAGAGACUUCUUGAGUUUGAUCAGGAGCACAAACGCCGAAGCAGUGGUUAUAGCCGAGCAAGAGGGGGCCCACAACGGGGUCGACUUGGAAUCUAGGGUUUCGAAUUCUUUAAAAUACUAUUCGGCUAUUUUCGACUCGGUCGAUCCGAGCCUUCCGUUGGAGAGCAAAGCGAGGAUCAAGAUCGAGGAAAUGUUCGGGAAAGAGAUAAGGAACAUUGUUGCUUGCGAGGGAAGGGAGAGGGUCGAGAGGCACGAGGGGUUCGACAGGUGGCGCGAGAUGAUCGGACGAGAGGGGUUCCGGUGCACGGGGAUCGAGGAGAGGGAGGUGCUUCAAGGGCAGAUGAUGCUGAAGAUGACGUACGGCGGAGACAACUAUAGUGUCGCGACGAGAGACGAAAACGGAGCGGCUUCGGUUAGUUUGAGUUGGUUGGAUCAGCCUUUGUAUACGGUUUCGGCUUGGAAGGCGGUUGAUUUCGAGGGAGGUUCGUCUUCGUCUUAUUCUCGGAUUGGUUGAUUUUGGAACCGCACAUUCGACAUUCGAUAUUCGGUUCGUUUUUUUAAUUUUUUUUAAAUAUAUAUAUACGUAGUACACGAUUUUUUUUUUCCCGGUUAUUACGGAGGGUAUUUUAGUCAUUCUUUGUAGGUGUAGAGGAAUUUGUUUUUAUGAUUCAUUAUUCUUUCAUUGAUAGAUAUAUGAUAUGAUGCAGAUAAUUAAGUGUUUGUAUUGAGGUAGAAUUCUUUAUUGUAUUCUUUGAUUCUUUUAUGUAAGAAGUCAUGUUUCAAGAUUCAAUUUUUAUAUGGUACACUUCUACUUCUGGUCUGAAUAAUAAUAUUGCUCGAGUAUUUUUGUUUA